UACCCUAUCAGUCUCAGCAGCUUCUUACGCUUGCUAGCACGCUAGUUAUAAACACGGAAUGUUCCAUAUUUAUGUAACUGAAUUGCCCUUGAACUUUAUGACAGAGCCAUGACACUCACACAAAAAAGAUACAUAGAAGGAGAGAGUCGUGUUGUUAAAUGAACGCUUCUGCUUGUGUUGCCACCUCACUCUUCAGUCAUGGCAGGACUCUUCCAAAGAGCACCUAGGCUGAAGACGGCUCUGAGACGUCUGUACCCCCACAACACACUCUUACAAUCUACAGCCAUGCUUUCACCUGCCCUGAGCUACAGUCCUUUUCUCACCUGUAGCUCAGGGCAGGUUAUGGCCUCCACUCGUGAGCUACAUGUUGGAGCAGAUGGGUCCAAAUUAUCCCCCUCUGGAGCCCCAGCGAGGUUACCUUUCUCCAGAGUCACUGCGGAAGAUCUGGCCUUUUUCAAUAAGAUCCUACCAGGUAGAACCAUCACUGACCCUGAUCUUGUGGAGUCCAGCAAUGUGGAUUGGCUCAAAUCUGUGAGAGGUUCUAGUGAAGUGCUGUUGAGACCUCAGACAACAGAAGAAGUAUCUCAAAUUCUAAGCUAUUGUAACAGCCGUAACCUGGCGGUGAACCCUCAGGGAGGAAACACUGGACUGGUUGGUGGCAGUGUGCCAGUUUAUGAUGAGAUAAUCCUUUCCACAUCUCUAAUGAAUAAAAUCCUUAACUUUGACACCAUCUCUGGUGUUCUGACCUGUCAGGCAGGUUGUGUCUUGGAGAAUUUGUCUCUGUACCUGGAGGACAGAGACUAUAUUAUGCCACUUGAUCUUGGGGCAAAGGGCAGUUGCCAGAUUGGGGGCAAUGUGGCAACCAAUGCAGGUGGCCUCCGACUGCUUCGGUAUGGCUCCCUGCAUGGGACUGUGCUGGGUCUGGAAGUGGUGUUGGCAGACGGGCAGGUAUUGGACUGCUUGGCAACUUUGCGGAAAGAUAAUACAGGAUAUGACCUCAAACAGCUCUUCAUAGGGUCAGAAGGCACUUUAGGGGUCAUUACUGCGGUGACCAUACUUUGCCCACGAAAACCCAAAUCUGUUAAUGUUGUUUUCCUGGGAUGUGAGACAUUUGAGCAGCUGCUGAAAACAUUUCAGCUUUGCAAAGGCAUGCUGGGAGAAAUUCUGUCUGCCUUUGAAUUCCUGGACAGUGAAUGCAUGAGGCUGCUGAAUACACACCUCAGACUAUCCAAUCCUAUCUCUGACUGUCAAUUCUACAUCGUCAUUGAAACGUCGGGAUCUGACCCGACCCAUGAUGCACAGAAGCUCCACAACUUUCUUGAGGAGGCAAUGACAUCGUCGUUGGUCAGCGACGGAACGGUAGCAACUGAGGAUGCAAAAAUAAAGGCUCUGUGGUCACUGCGUGAACGUGUCACCGAGGCGCUGACUCAUGAUGGCUUCACCUACAAGUAUGACAUCUCCCUUCCAGUGGAGCGACUCUACCAGCUAGUGACAGACAUGAGGGAACACCUGGGAGACCAGGCUAAGAGUGUGGUGGGAUAUGGACACUUAGGUGAUGGUAACCUCCACCUGAACGUCACUUCUCCUGCUAAAGACCCUGCUCUACUGGCUGCCAUUGAACCAUUUGUUUAUGAAUGGACGGCCAGCUGUCAUGGGAGCAUUAGUGCAGAGCAUGGACUGGGCCUGAAAAAGAGGAACUACAUUUACUACAGUAAACCGAGCCAGGCUGUGGCACUGAUGGGUAACAUCAAGACCAUGCUGGACCCCAAAGGCAUCCUCAACCCCUACAAGACUUUACCAGAUAAUCUGAAGGGGUGAUGCUUGCAGAGGUCAUGUUGGAGCUGAACGUUAGUUACAGCCUUACUGCUAUAUGGUUUGCGUGGCAGCUGGUGCCCUUUUCACAUAUUUGGUGCACAACUGGUGUUUCACACAAGUAACACUAUUUGUCGGGAAAGGCACGUAAGUCAGUAACAUCUUUGUCCAAGAUUAGACAAAGUAGUUUCAUUUUCAUGUGUGCAAAGCAUUACUUUCAGCCCAAUAUCCACUUCAACAAGAUGCUGAAGUGAUGAAGCUACAUUUUAAAUAUUUUAUCUAACUCUGCUGCGUGUACUGACAGUUUUCUUACUCUUAUUCUGUAGAAUAUUCAACAAGUUUUAGAUCUUGAAUUGCAGAUUUGAAAAGAAAAAAAUAUUUCAGUAUUUCUCAGAGGAAGCAAAUUAAUGACUGUCCUUUCAUAGUAUAUAUUGGGUGCCACUAGAGGGCAGAUGGGUAUAACAGUGUGGGUGAAAUAAUGUCUGUAUAAACUGACAUUUUUCUGCAUUUAUGUAAUGAAAGCCACAGCUUGUAACUGGUGGCCAGCUGUGUUCCUGCAAGAGUCCAGAUGUUCUGGAUUUGGAUGUAGCCCGUGUAGGAGUCAGCAGCUGAACAUGAACAAGUGUCAGCUACAGGCAGUAGCAGAUUAAAGCUUUCCAGUUUUGUUUGUAUAAAUAUACUUAAAUCAUACCACAUACUGCCCAUUCAUUAAGCAAGAGUGCAGUAAAUGUUUUAUUACAUAUAAAAAAAGACAAAGCAAUUUUUUUUCCUCCAAAACAAAGCCAGCAUUUGAAAACGAAAUCCUUUGUACACCUAGGCAACUUUCUAGAUUUAAAACAAAUCUUCAAUAAAUGUUUCCAAAUGUC